AUGCCAAACUCUCAUGGUAAUGUAUUGAAUAAUAUCUCUUUAAAUAGCAAGCAAAAUCCCAGAUCGAUUUCUAAAAGUUGCCCAAAUGAUAAAGAUGCAAGGCAGAAAAGCUUCAAAACGAUAUCAGCCCAAGCACUAGUACGCGUGCAAGGAGCUGGAUAUAAGCUCGGUGAUGUGAAAUUAAAGGAUGCUGAAGUCAAAGAAAAGAAUAGCCUCAAAAAAUACGAUUGUAAAAAUGCAACUCAAGAAAAGAAAGAACAAGAGCAAGUAUUUGAAAAAACUGUUGCAAAGGGAAGCGUGCAAAAAUAUAUCACGAAAACUUCAAAGACAAAUAGUUUGUUUAUAGGAAAUCUGAAAUCAACUGUCACUGAAGAAAUGCUAAGGAAGAUAUUCAAAAGGUAUCAAUCUUUUGAAUCUGCUAAAGUGUGUCGUGAUUUUCUCACCAAAAAAUCAUUGGGUUAUGGCUAUUUGAAUUUCAAGGAUAAAAACGAUGCAGAAUCUGCAAGGAAAGAAUUUAAUUAUACGGUUUUUUUUGGUCAAGAAGUUAAAAUAAUGCCAUCUAUGAAAAAUACAUUAUUUAGAAAAAACAUCGGAACAAAUGUUUUUUUCUCUAACUUACCACUGGAAAAUCCCCAACUGACCACAAGAUCAUUUUAUCUAAUAAUGAUCGAGUACGGAAAUGUACUGUCAUGUCUUCUAGAAAGAAGAAAAAACAUUGGGUUCGUUUAUUUCGAUAACGAUAUUUCUGCUAGAAAUGUAAUCAAAAAAUACAAUAACCAAGAAUUUUUUGGAAAUAAAAUUAUAUGUGGAUUGCAUUUUGACAAAGAAGUAAGAACUAGACCUGAAUUUACAAAAAGAAAAAAAAUGAUUGGCUCCGACAUAGUUAUCGAAGACGAACUAUUGGCUAGCAAUAAUUUAUCAGAUAAUGCUCGUUCGAAAACAAUAUUAGUCAAAAAUUUACCAUCUGACACAACACAAGAAGAGGUCUUGGAUUACUUCAGCACUAUUGGCCCCAUAAAAUCUGUAUUCAUCUCUGAAAAGCAGGCGAACACACCACAUAAAGCGUUCGUCACAUAUAAAAAUGAAGAAGAAUCUAAAAAGGCACAGAAAUGUUUGAAUAAAACAAUUUUUAAAAACCAUACCAUUUGGGUUGGUCCUGGUAAAGAUAAGCCUGUUCAUAAUCAAAUUGGAACGAACAAGAAAACAAAGGUUUAUCUAAAAAAUUUAAGCUUCAAUUGCAAUAAGGAGUUUAUUUCUCAACUAUGUUUACAAGAAAAAAUAAGAUUCAGUGAAAUUAAGAUCACAAACUAUAACUCAUUAAAUUGGACAUUUUGUGGACAUGUUGAGUGUUUUUCUCGUAGUGAUGCUGAGAGAUUAUUUAAUAUUUUGGAUAGGAGACUAAUUGGAAGUAGUUUGGUUGAGGCAUCAUGGUCAAAGAAUAAUGAUAAUAUACUAAAUGAGAUAGACUAUGACGAUGGUAACAACAAUGAAAAUUAUAAGAAAUUAAUCAACAUUAGUUCCAUGAUGCGUUUCCGCACACAAGAGUUAUCAGCUCAUCAAAAGGGAUUAACGUCACAGUUUCAACAAGUAGUUUCCCCAUUCUCAUCAUAUUCAAAUUCCUACACAAACAUGAACUCUCUCGUAGCUACGCCGAUGAAACCUCAUCCAGCAUUUAAUUUAAUUACAAAUACUGUUGACGAAAAACUGCAUCAGCCUAAGAGAACUAAACAGGAGAAUGCAGAAAUACUUGAGUCCUUAAAAAAAAUUAUAAACAGAAAUUUACAACGUAUAAGUAUUUCUGGUUUAAAUAAAGAAGAAAAUCUGCGCAGCAUUUCCGAGUUUAUUUUUGACGUAUUUUGGGAGCAUGACUCAGAAAGGCUAUCGCACUUUUUAUUAAUGACAAAUACUUCAUUAGAAUCACAGAAAAUUCUACAAAAACAAGUCACUAGAGCUGCUGAAAGCCUCGGAUUUACAGUUUGA